AGCAAAGCAUGAGUGUUAUGGAUGAGCUCAGUCAUGCUGACAUGCAAAUUGGUAAGCAUGACAGUAAUGCAACAACGAAUACAGAGGCAGAAAAUUUUGAAUCUGAAACAUUACAAGCAAUUGAAAGGGCGGAGGGCGCAAUUAACGAAUUUUUGCAAGUUAAAUCAAAACAAGCAAGUGAACCAGUCAGUAUUGUAAACAUUCAACACACACCAACAAGUCAACAGAAUUUGUUAGCAGCAGAAAAUAAUACGGGAAAUAACGUUUGGGUAUCAAAACAUAAGCUUGACCCACUUAAAUUGUCUGUGUUCGAGGGUGAUAAAACACGUUUCGUGGACUUCUGGGGACUAUUCAGUAGUUUAGUGGUUAGCGGAAACGAGGCAGCCAAUAUAAAAAUGGCCAGAUUGCGUCAGAGUUUAAAAGGAACUGCGCUUGAAGCUAUUCGAGGGUUGGGGGUUUCUUCGCCUGAAUACGAGGAGGCUAAGGAAAUUCUGAAGACAAAGUUUGGGGGGCGAAGGCGACAAUUGCAGGCUUAUAUGGAUCAGCUAGAGGCAUUGCCUUCCCUGAAGGGUAGUGAUGUGCAGGGCUUUGAGAGAUUCGCAAAUCUUGUCCGGAUAACCGUUGUUAAGUUGCAGGCAGAGGGUCGGGAUGGAGAGUUGGGGGAAGGUACGUUGCAUGGUUUGUUGGUCAAAAAGCUUGCAGAAAGACAGGUUGAAGCUAUAGUCGUUGGCUUAGGGAACAUAAAAUGGAGAGGUCAGUGUUAAGCUUGAAGGAUUGGUUGAAGGAAGAGGUUAGGGUGAGAGUGGAAGCUGUGGAAAUGGUUCAUGGUGUUGAAGGUAUCGAUUUGUCGUUGAAAAGGAAUGAAGCUGGUGGGGGAAAGUUUAGAUAUGGUGAUAGAGGUCGGUCCCGUACACUAUUUGCUGGUCGUGGUGGAGUUGGUGGUAAGGAUGUGAAGCCACCUUGUGCAUUGUGUGAGGGAAACCAUGGUAUAUGGUCUUGCCAGAGGUUUCAGGAUAUGAAGGUUCAAGAUAGAUGGAAUAUAGCUAAAGUUAAGCACUUGUGCUUUCGCUGUCUUGGGAGUGACCACUAGGGAAAGGCAUGCCUUGGGUCCAAAGCCUGUAAGACUGAUGGUUGUACAAAGAAUCACCAUGCCCUGCUGCAUGAUUCUGCCCCACCAGUUAAACGCCCGGAGGACAAGAAUCCGGUUGUUCCACGGGAGGGAGAAACUGAUUCCCGCACACAUACCACAAUGCAUGAUACCCCAGCCACUGAAGCACUCUCACUACGAACAAUUCCAGUAUGGUCGAAAGCGAACAAUCGAAAGGUGAAAGUUAAUGCGCUAUUCGAUGAUGCAUCAAACGAGACAUUCCUUAAUGCUGAGGUUGCAGGAGUGUUGGAAUUCAAGAACCAUUGCAGACAGUCAAAGUAG